UAAAUCGUGAAACACGUGGCAAAAUGUCAAAUGCACAAACAAAAUAGCCACUGCUCAUCAGAAACCUGCAGCUGGUGAAGCAGAAUUCUUUCAUCUCCAAGAAGGAAAACAGUCUCUUCUUACAAAUUUGUCAGCAUGAAAAUGAACCAGACAAUGACUAUACGAAUUCAAGCUCCUUCUCCAUCUCUACUACCACCACGAGUUAAACUUUACUCUCAGGGGUUCUGCCCAUGCCUAAGGUCAUUGGAGGCUUUUGCUAAUUCUAAUCUGUUGAAAACGUCACUAGUAGCAAGAUGCUCCUUGGGGUCGUUCAAGACAUCAUCUGUAUCUUCAGAUAAGUCAAUCAAGCAUCCGGUACAAUUAGGAGCACUGGUAGCCUCUGGCUCUCAAGAAGUUUCUACUAAUGAACUUGUUGGUAAUGAAAAGAUUGGUGUAUUAUUGCUGAAUCUUGGAGGUCCUGAAACUCUCGAUGAUGUACAGCCGUUCCUGUUUAAUCUUUUCGCAGACCCAGCUGAGGAAUUGCGAAAGGCAUUAUGUGACAAAAAUGUUCCAGCAAAGGUGUAUGUUGGUAUGCGCUACUGGCAUCCGUUCACGGAAGAAGCUAUUGAACAGAUCAAACGAGAUGGUAUUACAAAACUAGUCGUGCUGCCUCUGUACCCUCAAUUUUCUAUCUCAACAAGUGGUUCAAGCCUUCGCCUACUGGAGAGUAUAUUCAGGGAGGACGAAUAUCUUGUCAACAUGCAGCACACUGUAAUUCCUUCCUGGUACCAACGGCAAGGAUAUAUUAAAGCCAUGGCAGAUUUGAUUGAAAAGGAGUUGCGAAGCUUUGACUGCCCUGAGGAGGUGAUGAUAUUCUUUAGUGCUCACGGGGUGCCACUCGCAUACGUGGAGGAAGCUGGUGAUCCAUACAAAGCAGAGAUGGAGGAGUGUGUGGACUUGAUCAUGGAAGAACUGGAAAAGAGAAAGAUAAAUAAUGCCUAUACCCUUGCCUAUCAGGUAAAUUCAGUUGCCCAGAGAUAUCGAAUGCUGCCUGCUCUGUUGUAUUUACUGGGGCUUUGUUCUAUAUGUGGGAUUGGCAAUAGUACUGCAGACAAUUGUGAUUCAAUUCAACCUUGCAGUAGAGUUGGACCUGUAGAGUGGUUGAAACCCUAUACAGACGAGACAAUCAUUGAGCUCGGACGAAAAGGAGUGAAGAGUCUUCUUGCUGUCCCAAUUAGUUUUGUUAGCGAGCAUAUUGAGACAUUGGAGGAAAUCGAUGUUGAGUACAAGGAAUUGGCUCUAGAGUCUGGCAUUGAGAAAUGGGGCCGUGUUCCUGCACUUGGCUGUGAGCCAACUUUCAUUUCAGAUUUAGCUGAUGCAGUAAUCGAAAGUCUUCCCUAUGUUGGAGCAAUGGCUGUCUCCAACCUCGAAGCCCGACAGUCUUUAGUUCCACUCGGCAGUGUAGAGGAGCUGCUGGCGGCCUACGAUUCACAACGUAGGGAGCUGCCUCCGCCAGUUGUGGUAUGGCAAUGGGGAUGGACGAAAAGCGCUGAGACGUGGAAUGGAAGGGCCGCCAUGCUGGCGGUGCUCCUCCUCCUCGUGCUUGAGGUAACCACCGGAGAAGGUUUCCUCCACCAAUGGGGCAUAUUGCCAUUGUCUCGAUGACAACUCUUCUUUUCAUCCUCCCUCUCUUGUCUUCUUUUGUAUACACGCACUCUGAUAUGCAUAUACACACUUCAAGUUAAAAGUUUACCAAAAAAUUUUGGUGGAGAAUCAGUUAUAUGGAAGGGAAAUGUAUCACCGUAGUUUUUGUACAAGUCGGGUAUCGUCAACAUAGAUGUGCAUGUCAGUCAUUAUACGUGCGGCGCUUGGCCUCGUGUAUUCUAAGAUCUAAUUUAAAUGGAGGUGCAAACUUGAUCACUUGUUCUUUGAUCUCUGUCUCAUCUUUCGGAGCUUUUCUUUCACUUUGCUCUCAUGAUGAAUUUUUAUUACAUGAUUGGUAUGAGGGAAUGACAUGAGAAUUGAAUGACAAUUUUUUUACUCAUUUUUAAUCCCGUGAAUGGUAUAUUUUUAGAAAUGAAUGAUCA